AAACUGCUUUGCGGAAUUUUAAAAGAAACCGUGGUGAGACUAUCUUUUUUCAUCCAACAAAAUGGCCAGUGUUUGCUGUAUUCAACGUCCCCAAUCACUGAUUUUAACAUUAAUAAUAACGAUCAUGGUUGGAGUAGAAUUAUUGCACUGCGCAAGAGCAAUAACAUUGGUCAUUAGAUACACAAGGCCUUCUAUGUCAUGUCAUAUGAACACUACUGCCACUGCUCGUGAAACACAAGAUAAGGUAACAGACACUGCACACCUACUUACGGCAGCUAUGUACGGGUUAUGUUCUCUUCUAAGGAUCUUGGAGUACAUGCCCAUCUUUAUUCAACUGUUCCUGUGGUAUAAAGAUAAGAAUUCUUCAGUUUCAGUGCCAGAUGUGUUGGACACUGAGGAUUUUUCGAAGCCUCCCCGUGUCUUGAUCUUUAUAAUUCUUGUUUUCGCUGCCUGUCUAGGCUUGACUAUCCCAGUUGUUGGAACAGCAGUCGAAUUUCAUAAUGGGAAAAGGGAAGGGUGUGGUGUUACCACCUCGUUUUCUUUUUAUAUCUACUGCUUCUUCAACAUCUUUCGCUAUGCAUGGGCUUAUAACAUUAGAGCUGCGAUGGUAAUUUCCACAUUGACCAUUAAA